UGCAGUGGAAGCUCACAGUCAGCUGAUCAAUACCGAUGAGUAUAGGGGGCUCCUGAGAGUUAACUCUUUAACUCUCAUCCUGGAACCAUGCAUAUGUACUUUAUCUUCUCUGAGAAGCUCACUCUGCUGUUUGAUUUUUGGACUGUUGAGACAUUGGGAGGCCUGGUCCUCUCCUUCCUGGUUGUCCUACUCCUCACUGUUCUGUAUGAGGUUUCCAAGGUUUGGAAGUCUAAUAUUCUCACCAGAGUCCUGCUGACCCUUCCUGUGGAUACUCCCGACCACUCUCAAGCUGUAUCCGAGACGUUUGACCCUGAAAACAAUUUGGCUGACAAUACUGAACCAAUGCUGAGACCCGAUACCACUUCUGAAAGGCAAAUAAUGACUCCGGACUCUCUAACUGUUGGUUUCAGCGCUCCAGUCUACAGGUGGUGGCUUCUUCACACGUCUCUCGCCUUUCUGCACACUGCCCAGGUCACUCUAGGAUACAUGAUUAUGCUGUGUGUCAUGUCUUACAACGCAGCCAUCUUUUUAUCCGUGCUGCUGGGGUCUGGCCUGGGUUAUUUCCUGGCUUUCCCUUUACUUGCCAAAUAUCCCAAACCCCACAGCCUCUAGGGUUCCAUAAUAACCGGCUUUGUAGGAAGUCUUCCUGCUGCUCUGUUUGCACUAUUUGUCUCUAAUCACUGGACUUCCCUGGAACUACUGGCAACACUCCAUGGACCUUCUAUUCCCAUCUUUGCCAUUAACUGUUCUGUCACCAAAAUCUGAUCACUCUCAAGAUCUCUCCCUAACUCACUAAAUUACGUCAACCAUCACUGACCAUUCUCCCUGGCUAUCUCAAUAGCUGUAAGCUGCUGGCAUGUCUUUCAUGCUUUCUCUUGCCCUCUCUGGACUAGCAGUAACAGGGAUACACUGCUAGUGGCAGGUGCCUUAUUGCCUUGUAGUGAGGCAAGUGCUUAUAGCUGUUGUGCUACAACAAGAAAUACCCAUGGUGUUACAUAUAACCUCCUGGCUUGGGACACAAACUAAAUUUGCCCUUUUGGAGUACAUCUUUUUAGGAAUGAACAUGUUUCUGAGAUUGGAUAGACUAGAAAUCCUCAGUCAUGUACAGAACCUUCAGGGCUGGAUACGUCACGUGCAAUAUUUAUGACUGGGCAGUCAUACAGCCUCAAACACCAUAAACCUUCAGUAACAAAUGCAGGCUCUACAAUUGGACGUCUCCAGUGAUGUAUUUAACCUCAAGGACAUGAAACAUCAUGUAAUAUACAGGAACCCUUUUAAUGACAGUGCUGUGUUUAUGGAUUAAACGGAUGGAGCAAUUUUACAGCACACUGAAAGCAAGAUACAUAUUUUAGGAGCUGGUGAAAGCCAUUCCCAAGCCAGAUACUCCCUAACCCAGGACACACACUCUUGACAAGUCUUGUAAUAAAGGUUUUUUUUAUUUAUUAUUA